GGCAUCGACUGGAAAAAUCAUCCAUAACACUACUUAGCAGCUGUUUCAAACAAUUCACGGUCCACCCACCGAUCCCUCCCACAGAUGGCGCACAAUCGGGAACAUUUCCCCUCAAUAGGCGAUAUUGCAGAAAAAACAGAUAUCUCAAUUGAAAGCAAUCAAAGCGAUUCUGUGUUGAACACAAAAGAGUCAUCAGAGAGCAGUGAAAGGCCUCUUGAAGAGGUGACAUCGCUAUGUAUGCAAUGUGGAGAACAGGGAAUUACCCGCCUCCUCCUAACAAGUAUCCCAUAUUUUCGCGAGGUCAUUGUUAUGUCUUUCCGAUGUGAUCAUUGUGGUACCUCCAAUAAUGAGAUACAGUCAGCGGGGACAGUGCGAGAGGAAGGGACCAUAUAUACUGCGAGAAUACUUUUUCGCAGCGACCUCAACCGUCAGAUCGUCAGAUCGUCCACCUGCGUUGUUCAGAUCCCCGAAUACGAGCUCACUCUUCCACCUUCCCGUGGCCAACUCACUACCAUUGAAGGGUUACUUCGCGACAUCGUGACGGAUCUCGCCACAGAACAACCACUACGCCGUAUUCGUGCCGAAGCCGCAUAUGUGAAAAUUCAGUCGAUAUUGGAUGGUAUACAGAGUAUCAUAGGGCAAGUUGACGGAGAGGACUUGGCGAGCAACAGUCCACUGCCCAGCAACUCUGUUACUUCUCCUAUCACCAUUAUCUUAGAUGAUCCAGCUGGGAGCUCUUUUAUCGAAUUUGUAGAAAGUAUGGCGGAUUCAAGAUGGAAUAUGAGGACUUACCGGCGAACGGCGGAGCAAAACAUUGCGUUAGGUUUCGCGGCGCGGGAUGAUAUCCCCAACGCUUCUACUGAAGAAAGUCUCACUAGAAUACAGGCAACCGACAUAACUGAAAGUAGUGACAACCUAGGACAUGGUCAGGAAGACAUGGAUGGCGAGGUGUAUGAAUUUCCAGGGAAAUGUUCGAGCUGUGGACAUUCGCUAGUCACGAGGAUGAAAAAAGUCAUUAUACCACACUUCAAGGACAUUUUGAUCAUGUCGACAAAUUGCGAUAGAUGUGGAUACAGAGACAACGAAGUAAAAUCAGGGACCGCUAUCUCUGCCCUUGGCAAAAGAAUUACGCUCAAAGUUAUAGAUCGCGAGGAUUUGAGUAGGGAUAUUUUAAAGAGUGAAACUAGUGGUCUAUCGAUCCCUGAAAUCGAUUUAGUACUUCAAGCUGGUACACUGGGCGGACGAUUUACAACUGUCGAAGGAAUCUUGCAUCAGAUAUACGAGGAAUUGUCAGACAAAGUUUUUGCAUCUGGUGAUUCUUCUAUCAAAGAUGUGAACACAGAAGGGCGGAAUAUAUUCGAUUCUUUCUUGAAAAACCUCAAACAGUAUGGUUUUUUCAAGGUGGCAAACGCGGACCGUCCAUUCACUCUCAUACUGGAUGAUCCACUAGCCAACUCGUAUGUGCAAAACCUGUAUGCACCUGAUCCGGACCCUAACAUGGAGAUCAUGACUUAUGAGCGUACCUGGCAGCAGAAUGAAGAACUUGGGAUAAAUGACAUGAAGGUCGAAGGUUAUGAGACUUAGAAUGAUAUGGACAUGUGCUUCGAUCAUAUAAUAACAUGGCUCCUGUUAGAAUUCCAAUUAUUGACACCGAAUGGGGGGCUCCCG